UCAUGUCCUUGGUCUUCGAUUUUCAAAGUUUUUCUUGAUCGUGGUUUAGUCGCUGGCUUUGUGCCUGUAUCAGACAAUUUAGAUCAUACGAUUCUGUAUCAUCUUCUUGUCAGCAUGGCAGAGGAGAAGUACAAUCUAAAGAAUCCAGCUGUGAAGAGAAUUCUUCAGGAGGUGAAGGAGAUGCAAGCAAACCCUACCGAUGAUUUCAUGAGUCUUCCACUCGAGGAAAAUAUAUUUGAAUGGCAAUUUGCCAUUAGGGGCCCUUGUGACACUGAAUUUGAAGGAGGAAUUUAUCAUGGACGGAUCCAGUUGCCAGCAGAAUAUCCAUUCCAGCCUCCUGCAUUUAUGAUGCUCACUCCAAAUGGCCGUUUUGAAACACAAACAAAGAUUUGCCUAAGCAUAUCAAAUCAUCAUCCUGAGCAUUGGCAGCCGUCAUGGAGUGUCCGGACUGCUUUGGUAGCACUGAUCGCAUUCAUGCCCACCAACCCAGAUGGAGCACUAGGCUCACUGGAUUACAAGAAGGAAGAAAGACGUACAUUGGCCAUCAAAUCUCGUGAGACAGCUCCAAGAUUUGGGACUCCAGAACGCCAAAAACUGAUUGAUGAGAUUCACGAGUAUAUGCUAAGCAAAGCACCUCCAGUUCCCCAACUCAGCCCCGCACAGAUCUCCAAUGAACCCUCAACCAAUGAAGAAGAGGAAGCUGAAGGUAGUCCACAAAAUGCUGGUGUAGUUGCAGUGGAUGAAGAUCCAAAUCCAGAAGAAGAUGGAAAUCAGACGAUGGUAGAAGACGUGCGAGAAGUCCAAGUGAAUGCUAAUGCUGGGCCCUUGAGAGUCAGUUUUAGUGCAGGAUUAAGGGUGUCGAGACAGGUCCCUGCCGUGGAUCCCAAUGAGCAACCACAGCAAAGGGCAGAAGUGAGGGUGCAAAAAGCUUCUGAUGAUCGUUUGUUUACAUGGGCUGCUGUUGGGCUUACCAUUGCCAUUGUUGUUCUUUUACUCAAGAAAUUCUUAAGGUCUAGUGGAUAUGCAGCUGGUUAUGUGGAUGGGUUUAAAUAGAGAAAUGUGGGGAUGCUUGAACGAGAGGUUGCCCAACCCUUAACCAGGGAUUGAAAGAGUAGUAGUUACAUUUUCCUUCGCAAAAGGUAAAAUAUGUAUGGUACAAUACUAUAUGGUCGUUACUUUGAUUUUUCUAUUCAUAGUUAUUUCUU